AAAAAUGAGCAGCGACACUCGAGAGAGAAACUCUUUGAAAACACCUAGUCUUCAUGAAACCAUUUCUGAAGUUGCACCUAACUCAGACUCAAUAUGGUCUAAGAAGAAGAUAUACAGAAGCUGGUUGUUGUUAUGUUAUGCUACUGGGCCAGUUGCAUCAAUGUCUAGAACUUACGUUCCGGCUGCCAUUCAAUCCAUUGCUACCUUGGUAGGUAGAACCAGUCAAGGUGGUGUCUGUGCUCGUAGGGGAAAUGACUGCUACGUGAAGUUUGGGACCAGCUGGGUCCAUUCCACAUCUUAUGUGCUCUACUUAAAAGCUAUUUCUACUGCCGUGGAGGGAGUUAUAGCCAUUCUUUUUAUGGGAAUAGCUGAUUAUUCCAAUUACAGAAAAAUUCUUUUGUGUGGUUCUAUUUUGUUCUACGGAUUGAUUGCAUUGCCAUUUGCAGGUUUGACUGACAAGACCUAUGCGACUAUGACAGGUUUGUCGGUCCUCUAUGCUCUUCUCAAUGUUACAGACUGUGUCUACCAAAUAACUGAAGGUUCUUACAUUCCAUUGUUCAUGAGAGCAAGUUCCCCCAAAGGGGAAACUUCGGAAGAGGUCAGAAGAAACAUCAUCUUAAAGAGAGGUUCGACUGUAAGCGUGAUGGGAAUAGUUUUGGGAAACUGUGGUGGUUUGACUGCGUUGUUAAUAGGAAUCAUCAUCUCGUAUGGGAGGGGUGGUCCAAUUGCCAAUGGUUACCAUAAUUUCCUACUUGCAAUCACUAUAGCAGGGUGUUUGACAGUAGUGUUUUCUAUUAUUUCUGCUUAUUUUAUUCCUAGCGUCCAGGCUAAACCAAAGCCGAAAGGCGAGUUCCUAUUAUUCUUAAGUAUCAAAAGGUGUAUAUCCUUGUUGAAGAACAUCACCAAAUAUCCACAGGCAUUCAUAUACUGUAUUUCCUGGGUGAUCUGGAAUGUGAGCUAUUCCAACUUUUUGAGUGUGUUUGUUUUACUUUUCAGGUCUACCUUGGGAAUUGGUAGUAGUGAUGCGGAAUAUACUGUGUACACAUUUAUAUCUUACAUUGUGGCAAGCUUGGGGUCUUUAGGGUGGAUGUUCCUUUAUCCUAGAACGAAAAUUACUAUAAAACAGUGGGGGUAUGGAUUUUUUUUUGUUCAGGUAUUCAGUAAUUUCUGGGGAACUCUAGGGAUCAACUCUAAGGUGAAGAUUGGAUUCAAACAUAGAUGGGAAUUUUGGGUUUUCGAAGUUCUUUUUAAUGCUAGUGGGUCUUCAUUGAGGAGUAUGAACAGAGCUGUUUAUAGCACAUUGCUACCAGAAGGAGAUGAAGCCCAGUACUUUGGACUAGAAAUUAUGCUCGGGAUCGCAACCGGCUGGAUUGGCAGUUUGGUUAAUGCCACUAUUCAGGAUAGAACCAAUAAUGACCGGUUUCCCUUCUUACCUAAUAUGUUUCUUGCGUUGAUCGCCCUUGGAUUGUAUUCUAUCUGUGACACAGAAAAAGGAAUGAGAGAUGUGGAAAAGUUAGUUGACGGAGAUUCUGGAUCUGGUUACGAUUCAAUUGAAAGUUCAAAAUGAAGAUGCGUACAAAACAUAUAAUCACAAAUACACAAGGUUGAUAGCUAAAUCAAGGCAGCCAACGUAAUAAUGGCCACACCAGUAUAAUAAAAGUGGGCGUUGUUCAUCCCGUCUAUGAGGUUGGCAUAACUACUAGAAACUGAAAUACUGGAUGUAGAACUAGCUACCCUUGAGGAGCCCCCAGAAGUACUCGACGGGUUAGUAGAAGUUACUGGAGCGGCAAUCAGCUCUGAAAUCUCAGCUUCUUAAGAUGAAGCGAAACUAGAACCAGAGCCAAUAGCAGAUCUGCCUCCGGUAAUAGUGGUCUCUGCACUAUUAGUUGAAGAAGAUUAUGUUCCAGA